UCUAAGAACAAUGGACUACCUUCAACUUGUGUUUCACCCUGUGGCUCUUUACCAGCUAGCUGCUUUUCCAUGGGCUUUUUUAUAUGGUUAUCUCUCUUCCUUUGGCCAUUUGCCCAUCACGCCAAGAUUUAUUUAUCUCCUCUUUGGUGGAAUUGUUUUAUCAUGUGUUUCCAUGGGACCAUAUGCAGUAGUUAUCUUCAUCCCAGCCUUGGGCUCCAUUGUGCUGUUUCACAUAAUCAGUUGGCAGUCUGUUCACUGGUGGGCACUUGCACUGCAAAUGGUCUGGCAAACUGCUUGCCAUCUCUGGCUACUGUAUAAAGAAUAUUACUUGCAAGAAGAAAUUACGUUAAGGUUGUCUAUAAUGAUUUCAGCCCUCAUGCUGUUAACCCAGAAGAUCACAACUCUAGCUUUGGAUAUUCAUGAAAGAAAAGUGAGAAUAAUACCAGUAGAUGGAGGAAUGAAAAACUGGUUCUUCUCUGGAAGUGCACACAAUAUAUUAAUCUUUCUCUCUUACUUGCUCUUCUUUCCUGCACUGCUGGGAGGCCCUCUCUGCUCCUUUGUAGAAUUUCAUCAUCAUGUCACUGUAGCCCCUAGGUGUAACUAUCUGUGCUUCAAGCAGGUAGCCAAAGGCUUCUUCUUUGCUUUAAUCUUGCAAAUGCUUAGAAGUUUGGUUUCUGUAAACUUGAGCUUUCAGUUGUCUCUCAUGACCUGUAGGCACUUAAACUGUGUCUGCAUUAUGUGGACCACAGCACUGCUAUUUAAACUGACCUAUUACUUCCAUUGGUUGCUUGAUGAAUCCCUCUUCUGUGCUGCAGGAUUUCUGACAGCAUAUCAUGUAGAUGGCUUUCAAGUAACCUUUUGUGAUACUGAUAUUUGGACCCUGGAAACAACUCAUAAAAUUUCAGUUUUUACCAGGACAUGGAACAAAAGCACAGCAAGCUGGCUGAGAAGAAUCAUUUUUGAAAAAUGCAAAAUUGGAUCUUUACUAAUGACCUUUGCCUUCUCUGCUUGGUGGCAUGGACUCCACCCAGGUCACAUUUUUGGUUUCUUGUGCUGGGCUCUGCUAGUGAAGGCUGACUAUAGGAUACACAAGUAUUUCAAUCCCUGUCAGCAAUCCUGGUGCACAAGGGUGCUUUAUAGGAUAUUUACUUGGCUUCACACCCAGUUAAUAGUAGCAUUUCUUAUAGUGGCUAUUGAAAUGAGGAGUAUCAAAAUAAUAUGGUCAUUGUGCUUAUCCUAUAAUUGCUACUUUCCUAUUUUAUAUUGCCUCUCAUUAAUAUCCUCCAUUAAAAGAAAAUAAUAAUAAUUGUCAUUUGAAAGACCAUUUUACCUUUAUUUUUAUAUUCCCUAUAAACCUUACAAACAGAAAAACAUACAAGUUAAUGCAUACAGUUGUUAUAUUCCUUUUAUCCCCUACCAAGCUUAUAUGAAUGUGAUACUGGAUAAGCCUGCAAUUUUAACCUUUCCUGGGAAUUGCUUUCACAAGUCUGCCUAUCUCCCAUAUUCCAUCUCUUAUGAUCCUUUACAAGCAGCCAGAGGCCCGACUGGCCUAGCAAUGGACAUUGCAUUAUGUACAGCUGGGCAACUGGGUAAUGUGCAGUUGAAUACAGUGCCCAAACCACAACAAGGACAAUGGCAUAGCAUUCUGUAGUGAGAAUGGCUGCAUAGGCUCAGGAAUAUUUCAGAAAACCAUUGUCUGUGAACACAGUUGAUCUCUGCAUCCAAAAAUGCAACUCAACCAAUUUGCUAGCUAUUCGAAUUGUACCUGACCCUAACCCGCCAAAUAGUUAUAGACCCACACCCGCCAUGCCCCUCUCUUAUGUCAUGAAAUGGGCAGGACAUGUGGGCACAAACCCUCCAGUGACCCACAGAAGCUGUGUGGAUGUCCGCCCAAACUUGCCUGACCCAUGGGUUUUGGUCUGGCCCACACAUCACUACCACCUGACUGUCUGUGACCAAAUGUCUGCACUCAGGCCAACGCAAUGCAGGAGAGAGCAGAUGUGAGCAGAGAGGCUGUUCCUUGGCCUGUGCUUAUACGAAGGAAGAUAAAUAGCCCAUUGUGGCACUAGUCGUAAGAUGGACUGAAUGGAAACUGUCCUGUAGUCUGAGGAAAUCAAAUUAGAAAUUCUUUUUGGAAAUCAUUAAUACAGCCUACCUGCAGUCAAGACCUGUCACCCAUGGAAAAUAUUUGGUGGAUUAUGAAACAAAAUAUAUGACAAGGAGACCCUGUAUUGUUGAGCAGCUGAAAUCCUAUAUCAGGCUAGAAUGGAUUUAUGUAUAGUCAUUUUAAGAUCUAGUAAUCUGCAUUGUAGAAAUAUUACAUCAUCUCUUGUACUAGUAACAUAUUCAUAUAGACUAAGCCAUGAAUCUUCUCUCAGAGAUGUAAACUUCUACCAAAAAAACUUGACAUACGGCAAAAAAAACAUUUCCAAAUUAUUUUUUUUCUACUUCUCAGUAAAACCUCCCUCCUACUAUUAACAUUCCUCAAGUGAAGGAAUUAUG